CGGCGUCGUAAAGAUGCAGCCUUCAAACCCGUUCCUGUUUAUCCCGCAGAUUGGAACCCUGCUGCUUCUUCUAGGCCUUUCUGCAGCAUGUGCGGAGCGACAACCAAUGCUUCGACCUACUUUCAACGGCGAUAUGGAUCUGCUGAUAAACCCAGCCUCAACUGACGAACGCUACCGGUCCUUCAACGAUGGCGCUGGUGUUACAUCGUCAGAGCCUCUGGGAUCACCGAUGACGUCACCAUGUAACGAUCCUUUAAAAGACAGCGCUUACGGCACAAUCGGCAGUGGGCACGGCGGCGUCGUAAAGAUGCAGCCUUCAAACCCGUUCCUGUUUAUCCCGCAGAUUGGAACCCUGCUGCUUCUUCUAGGCCUUUCUGCAGCAUGUGCGGAGCGACAACCAAUGCUUCGACCUACUUUCAACGGCGAUAUGGAUCUGCUGAUAAACCCAGCCUCAACUGACGAACGCUACCGGUCCUUCAACGAUGGCGCUGGUGUUACAUCGUCAGAGCCUCUGGGAUCACCGAUGACGUCACCAUGUAACGAUCCUUUAAAAGACAGCGCUUACGGCACAAUCGGCAGUGGGCACGGCGGCGUCGUAAAGAUGCAGCCUUCAAACCCGUUCCUGUUUAUCCCGCAGGUGAGCAGACGCUAUGACAAGUCUUUUCGCAGUAACGAUGUCUGCCUAAUUCUGCUGCCGUGCCCACGGUCGCUUCGUGAAGCCUUUUGUAAACUGAUUGUUUCCUUGCGCUUGUUGCUACUGUUGAGCGGAGAUGUUGAGUUGAACCCAGGCCCUGCACUAGACGCCAUAGCCGAACAGCUAAAGCAAAUUGCAGGAGACAUUCAAGAUAUUAAGAAAGAAAAAUCCGCAACAAACACCAGACUUGACGCGAUUGACAAAAAACUUGAAAAGAUAACUGGCCUUGAAAAACAGGUCACUGAGUGCAAUAAACGAAUAUCUAACUUAGAAAAAAUAAAGGCUAUGCAAAUGAAAGUGGAUGAUCUAGAAAACCGGAGCCGUCGGUCCAACCUUGUCAUUUACGGUGCUGAAGAACAACAAAAUGAAUCGCCAGACAUGCUUGUCGAGUUGGUCGAAAAGAAGAUUUUAGAUGGUGUGCUACAGAUAAAAACCAAGGGAAUCGAAAUAAUCCACCGUCUAGGAAAAAAGAAGCCAGUUGGUAUAUCUAGACCCAGACCCAUUAUUCUAAGACUACUCGAUCAUCGAGACAAAGUUUCAAUCCUCAGACAGUGUUCAAAGCUGAAGGGCUCAGGUUUCUCUAUCAGUGAAGACUUUUCUCGUAAUACUCGGGACAUUAGAAAGAAACUGUGGGAUCGAACGAAAGAACACCGGGACAGGCAAGAAAGGGUGUCACUGGUGCGCGAUAAAGUGCGAAUCAACGGUCAACUUUUUGCUUGGGAUAGUGAACGAGAAGAUAUAUAUGCAGUGAAAAAAAACGAAGUUGGCAUAGAAAAAAGAGUCACUCGAAGUCGACAGAAGUAACCCUGUUGAAUGUGAACGCACGUAGUCUUGUAAAUAAAGUAGAUCAAUUCGAA